UCUCCUUCCUUCCAGGUGAUCGACUUCAGCAAAGAAAAAAUAAAAAUAAAAAAAAUAUUCACUCCCCUUUCUUCGUUGCAGGUGAUCGACUACAGCAAAUGAAAGAAAAAAAAUUCACUUCCCCUUUCUUUCUUGCAGGUGAUCGACUUCGGCUCCUCCUGCUACGAGAACCAGCGAGUCUACACGUACAUCCAGAGCAGGUUCUACCGCGCCCCGGAGGUCAUCCUCGGCGCCAAGUACGGCAUGGCCAUCGACAUGUGGUCCUUGGGAUGCAUUCUAGCCGAGCUGCUCACCGGGUAUCCGCUGCUGCCGGGCGAGGACGAGGCGGACCAGCUGGCGUGCAUCAUCGAGCUGCUGGGCAUGCCGCCCGCCAAGCUGCUGGAGCAGAGCAAGCGCGCCAAGAACUUCAUCACGAGCAAGGGCUACCCGCGCUACUGCGUGACGCGCACGCUGCCCGACGGCUCGACCAUCCUGCACGGCGGGCACUCGCGGCGGGGCAAGCCGCGCGGCCCGCCCGGCUCCAAGGCGCUGCAGACGGCGCUGAAGGGCUGCAACGACCCGCUCUUCCUGGACUUCAUCCAGCGCUGCCUGGACUGGGACCCCGCCACGCGCAUGACGCCCAACCAGGCGCUGCGGCACGGCUGGCUGCGGCGCCGCCUGCCCAAGCCGCCCUCCGAGAAGAGCGACUCCCCGGCCUCCACGCUGCGCACGCCCUCGUCGUCGUCGUCGUCGCGCACGCCCUCGUCGGCCGCCAAGCUCAACACCAUCGCCACGUCGGCCACCAAGCUGCGCGCCACCAUCACGGACGACGGCGGCGCCACCACGCUGCACCCGCGCCACCACACCAAGCUGCCGCAGAUCACCAACCCGGUCACCUGAGCCGCCGCCGCCCGCACGGGACGCCCCUCUACGCCCAGUGGUGCGGCCUCCCCCCCGCCACGCCCGCAGGGGGCCGGGCCGCUCACAUAUCACCAGACCAAAGUGCAAUUGUCGCAGUCUUGGGCGCGAGCACAGUGAGCGGCGGCGGGCGGCGGGCGGCGUGUGAGGCGGGACGCUCGCCCACGCCGCCCUCCGCCGCCCACGCCGCCCACACCCACUAGUCGAGCACGGCCCGCGGGCGACAACACCCUAGGCUUAGUGCUGCGCUGCGGCGCCCGCCCUCCGCCGCCCUUGAUUCCCGGCGAGCGCGGGGGCGGCCGCGCGUCGGCCCCGCCCCCCCUCGCCCGCGGCUGGGCCGGGCGGGCGACGCAGGCUGCUCGGUUGAUAUUACAACUUCUCUAUGAUCUCGCCUUGUUCACAAAGGGCGGCGCGGGCGGGCGGGCGGGUGUCCGGGCGCGGGAGUCCGCCCGCCCUCUCUCUCCCCCCCGCCCCUCCCCCCGGCCACCCGCAGUCAGCCUCUUGGUUUGCAAAUGCAAUCAAAAAACCCGGGACGCGACUGGGAGGAGAGACUUUAUACUCAUUUUUUUACUUAGCACAAGGGAAAAAAAAAAAGUAAGUUCAUCCAUUCAACGAACCUGAGAGUGUGAAUUUCGUCGUUUUGGGAGAAGAAAGGAAAAAAAAAAAGAAAAGAAAAGAAAAGAAAGAGGAGGUACAUGUUGCGUGAGACUUUAGUCCUAAUCCAAAAAAAAAAAAA